CUUUGACUCAUCAAAUUCUCUCAAUGUGUAAGCCUAAAUAUAGUCAUGUGUGAUCUUGUUUGAUUUGUCUUAACAUAUAGAUUAUUAAUAUAUAAUUUCUAUAAUUUUUUAAUAUACAAAUUACAAGAUAAAAUGGAUUAAAGAAGUGCAUUGGAUGGUGUGUAAAAAUGAAAGUGGACAAAUACAGGGGGACGGAGGGAGUAGAAAACAACGAGUAUAGUAAACUACUCCUUAGGGCAAGCCGUGUGCAACUAAUUUAAUCCUAAGUUUUCAAACGCUCCUAUAUAUCUAUGACAAUAAUGAUAGCUAAAAUAAAGAUAAUACAUAGUAUGAAAAAUACAGUUGGCAGUUCACAUGUAGUUCCAGAGUCAGUUUCUGCAUGGGGUAAUUAUGAGAACAUGACUUGGGACCAACAGGUUGUGUAUGAUGCAAUGGCACCUAAUGCUUUUCCUGCAUCGUCAAAUUUUAAUGAUGUUCCGAGCUCAUCGUCUCAUCAACAUACUGACGAUAUUAAUACAUUGUCUGAUCAAUUUUUAAAAGUGUUGAAGGCAGCUGACGAGCCGUUAUAUCCUGAUUGCGAUGAGAAAUCGACAUUAGCUGCCGUGUCAGAAAUCUUGAGCAUAAAGUCGGAUUGGAAUCUCCCAGAGGCCUGCCUAAAAGCUCGUUUCUCGCACUCCAGCUCGUUCUUGCGAAACACGGAGAAGGCAAAGCAAAGGCAAUAUUAUGGGGGGCGUCGUUCUGUGAGCGAGCACAUCAAGAAGAUGGAGCAAGAGGACAAAGUCGUUCCAAAUCAACUCAAGGUCAUUAACCGCUUGUUUGUGAAGAAGGGUUCCCAGCCGUCUCAAGAAGUUGCUAAAAUCAAGAAAGAUUACAAGGAGAAGCUCCUUCUAAAGAAGCAAGCCGCAUCCGGAUCGGGGUCUAAUUCUAUAAGUCUUGAUGAUGUUGCUGAGGAAGAACUAGAAGAUGACCUUGGGUUGUACGUCGAGGUGGUGGGGAACAACAAGAACCGGGUCUUCGGGCGGGGCUGUGAAGCUGGAUCCUCGGAAUCACUUUCUUCGGGAGGCACUAGUCAUGAAGACUACGCUGCCCGGCUGAAGACCGAAUUGGAGCUGAAAUUGGAGAAAAAAUUUGAAGCAAAAUUUCAGGAAAAAAACGACGAAAUCCGCAAAGACACCUGGACUCGCGAACCUGCCCCGCUCUCCGACGCAGGGAACCCCGCUUUUAGAAAUGAUUCUGACGACGAAGGGUGGACCUUUCCUUCACCUGUCGAUCGUUUGCUAUCAUCGCUCAGCAACGGAGGAGAUGAGAAGCAGACGCCGAACCCUAAUUCUGGGGUUGGGGAUUUGAUGAAGGACUUGCAGGAUGAUCUUGAGGAGCUUGAUGAUGAUAAUGAUGAAGGUAAAGGCCUUGCCGGGGAGGGUAGUUCCAAGGGUGAUGUUGUGGAGGAUGAGGAGGAAUUUGAUGUGCGGAAAUCCAUUGGAAUGGACUCCACUCUUGAUUUCGAG